UUACAUUUACGAUAAAAUUGGCAGCCAAAGGAGUGAAUGAUGGGUAGUGAAAGUGUAGGGACCAGUCUGCAGGAGCUGAGGAACAGCACACAGGAUCUGGUGCAGAGGGUCUACAGAAGUCAGCAGGUACAGCAGUCUAUACAGUAUGCAAAUGAGAACCCUGUCUGGACCCUGUUCCUGACCCUGGUGGUUGCCAUGGGAACAAUGCCAUUCCUGAUGUUCCUGUUCUUUGUUCUCGGCAGCCUCAUCUUCACCUUCAGCGGAUUCCUGGUGUUGGAAGGAUUUCUGCUGACCGCUGCUUGCCUGGUCCUGGCUGGAGUAUUGUCCGGAGCUGCGUUUGUCGCCAUCUUGCUGACCCUUACCGUGUCUGCCUCCUGGUUUGUUGUGUGCCACGGCCAUGAAAUGUUCACAACUGUUAAAUCUCGUCUUCAGGAUCAUUUCCAAGGAACUGCUGUGACAGUAGCACCAGCCAAAGACAAUGUGGAACCUAAUCAGGACAAAGAAAAGCAUGAGGAAGAGAAGGAAAAGGAGGAACUGCCCAAUGCUGCAUGAACUUUCAAUGGAUCGUAUCUAACUGUUGUAACA